AUGGACAGUCCACACGACAAAACACGCGUCGACCCUGAGAGCCCUUCUAUCGAACAUCAUGGGGACCAGGAGCCAUGGCAUGGCAUGUCCGUCGGCCGCUAUCUGGGGACACGCUUCACCACACUGAAGCCGCCUAUGCUGAGCGCGCCGAACCCCUUGAGGCUCGUCAGGAUGAUCAACCGAAGGCAAUGGGCCUUCUUCGCUGUCGCAUUCGCUGCCUGGACAUGGGACGCCUUCGACUUCUUCACCGUCUCCCUCACCAUCACCGAACUCUCCGAAACCUUUGACAAGUCCAAGACCGACAUUACUUGGGGCAUCACCCUGGUGCUCAUGUUCCGAUCCGUUGGCUCCAUUCUCUUUGGCAUCGCAGCAGAUCGGUACGGCAGGAAGUGGCCCUUCAUCGUGAACAACCUCCUCUUCAUCAUCCUUGAGCUGGGAACCGGAUUCUGCCAGACAUAUGAGCAAUUCUUGGCAUGCCGCGCCCUCUUUGGGGUCGCCAUGGGCGGUCUGUACGGUAACGCAGCAGCAACCGCUCUCGAAGACCUCCCAUCAGAGACCCGCGGAAUGAUGUCUGGUGUACUACAACAAGGUUACGCCUUUGGAUACUUGUUGGCUGCGGCCUUUGCCCGAGGGCUGGUAAACACUACCCCGCACGGCUGGCGCCCUCUCUUCUGGUUCGGAGCCGGUCCGCCAGUCCUCUUCAUUGCGUUCCGUCUGAUGCUACCCGAGACCGACACCUUUAUCGAGCACAAGCGCAUCCGCGAGGCGGCCGGGCGACGCGCUGAGGAAGCCGGGCACCAGAGCGUCACCUCGACCUUUUUGAAGGAGGGUAAAGUGGCUCUGCGCAGGCACUGGUUGCUCCUGACCUACCUGGUCCUCCUCAUGGCCGGCUUCAACUUCAUGUCGCACGGCAGCCAGGAUCUCUACCCCACCAUGCUGACGAACCAAUUCAACUUCAACGCCGACCAAGUCACCGUCACGCAGGUUGUCGCUAACCUGGGCGCCAUGCUCGGCGGUACCACGGUCGGCUACUGCAGUCAGAUCUUUGGCCGCCGCUUCAGCAUUUUGGUCUGCUGCAUUGUCGGCGGUGCCCUGCUGUACCCCUACACCUUUGUCACCACCGAGGCCGUCAUGGCCGCCGCCUUCUUUGAGCAGUUCUGCGUGCAGGGCGCCUGGGGCGUCAUUCCUAUCCAUCUCAUGGAGCUUAGUCCCGGCGCGUUCCGCACGUUUGUGGUCGGUACGUCGUACCAGCUUGGUAACCUCGUCUCGUCGGCCAGCUCGACCAUUGAGUCCCGCCUCGGUGAGAACUUUCCGCUUGCGCCAAAGGGGGCUACGAAGCGUUACGACUACGGCAAGGUUAUUUGCAUCUUUAUGGGAUGCGUAUUUGCCUACGUGCUUUUGUUGACUUUCAUCGGUCCCGAGCACCUGCGGCGCAGCUUUGAUGUGGCUGAUGAUUCGGACAUGAGGGAGGUUGCUGGGGAUGAGAUGAUGGAGGAUGAGUGUCACAAUCGCAAGGAUCGAGCCGGCCACAUUGCGCAUAGUGAUGAGGAGUUGGGGCACCAGGAGAAAUCGGCCACGCACCGGGAGUAG